UAUGCCUAAGCUGGGAUUGACGGAGAAUCCUACUUAGGAAAACACCUUUGAUGAAGAAAGCACGGAGCAAAGAAGAGAUUUUUCAUGGAUGUUUCCAAGUGUGUUGGUCACAGUAAUGUGGGGACCAUCUCCAGGAGGGCUCCUGGGGUACUUCAGAUCGAUUGGUACAAAAGGGGAGCCUUGACUCAGUCCUGAGCAUCUGGGUUGGCUGUGGUCGAGGAUUACGAGAGCUGUUUUGAUCAGGGGAAAAAUUUCUGUUUUUAGCACAGGCAGCAAUUAAAAUAGCUCAUGAAUCUAAACGCCUCGGGGAGCUGUCAUAAAAGGAGGUAGAAAAUCCAUCUUCUGGACUCAUCUGCAGCCAGAGAUCAGCCUGGAGAAAGCAGAGGGAAGAGCACUUGAGGUUCACCCGGUGAAAAAGGACAACCCGAGACAUCGAGCCAGAUACACCAAUUUGAUCUUGAGAUGGCUGAGGAGGAUCUUCGGGAUUCAAGCGCCCGUUUCUCGCUCUCCUUUUCGGGCAGUGGCUUUCUCAUCCUGUACCAGAUUGGGGUGGUGCAGUCCCUCAUGGAGCUGGCUCCCAAACUCCUCAAGUCCGCGUGCAAGGUCUACGGGUCGUCUGCCGGCUCGAUCAUCGCCGCCGCCGUGGUGUGCGGCAUCGGCCUCGAUGACAUAAAGGAAUUUUUCUUUACCAUGACAAAAGAAAUCAGAAAAACCACCCUGGGCCCUUUCUCUCCCAAGUGCAGCGUGAUGGCGAGUAUCAGGGAUGUUUUGCAGCAGGUGCUACCAGAGGACUCCUACCGACUGGCUUCAGGGAGGCUGCACAUCUCCCUCACGCGGGUGGUGGAUGGCCAAAACGUCAUAGCCUCUGAGUUCAGCUCGAAAGAGGAGCUCAUUCAGGCUCUCCUCUGCAGCUGCUUUCUUCCCAUCUACUGUGGAUUCAUCCCUCCAUCCUACCGAGGUGUGCGAUACGUCGACGGAGGAUUCACCGGCCUGCAGCCUGUUUCCAGCUUGGAGGAAGCCGUGAUCACUGUGUCCCCGUUCACGGGAGAGCUCGAUAUCUGUCCGCGGGAUUGCCCUGCUAUCUUCUACUGUUUCCAGAUCUUCAACGGCAGCAUUCAGAUCUCCUUAGAAAACCUGUGCAGGAUUAGCUAUGCUCUCUUUCCGCCUAGCACCACGGUCUUGAAUGACAUUUUCUCCCAAGGGUACCAGGACACUGCCCUUUUCCUGUACAGGAACAAUGCCGUUGGCUUUAACAACUACGAUGGCAAUUUCCGCUUCGCCAGCAUGUGUGGGAAAAACGACUUUGCACAAUCUACCAGGACAAGCACUGGCCUAUGCAAAAGGGAACCGCAGCACCCAACUCCUUACUUCCUGCCAGGAUUGGCUCUGUGGAGGAAGGAGUGGGUGACUGGACUGCAGGAUCCACUGUCAAAGGUCCUGUUGCAGCCAUACAAGCUGCCAGCUGUGGCCAGGAAGGGGCUGAAGAAGCUGUGGGGGCUGCUGGAAGGUAUCAGCUCCAUGGUAGAACAGUUCCAGAAGCUCCUCCAAACCAUGGUGCCUGGUUCGCUUAAGAGAGCCAUGUCCAGGAGCUUGUGACCCUGUCUGGCUUCAGAGGGUAGCAAGGACAGAAAUCAUGGCGUGGACUGCUGUGAGGCCCCAGGCUCCCCCGUGCGUGCUGCGGGGCAGGGACAGGCACUAGAUCCCGUCCCCUCGCAGAGUGACUGUGGCUGCUCUCACCUGAAUGACGUCCUCCCUCGAGGCAAACUCUGAAACCACCACACAUCUCCAGUCACGCAAACGGGUGAGGAUAACAUGCAGCUUUCCAGAUACCAGCUGGUGGGCAUUCGUAGGCAGAUGUUUGUUUAAGACCUCCUUUAAGAUUUUAAGGACUUUUGCUCCAGGAAAUAACCACCAGAAAGAGGUUUUCAAAGCAUUUAUGAAGGACAUCUUUAUCUCUCCUAAAGCAAAGCAAAGCAAUCAUUCCACAUCUCUUGUAUUAUUAUUUAUGUACUUUCUGGGAUGCACUUCCAGCUGGGAAAGGGGCAUUUUACCAUGCUGGCAAAAGCUCAUAAAGAGCCAUUAUUUUCAUUAGGGCUAACGCUCUUUAUGAGUGGACCCAGAUUUUCCAAGACCUCCAAUACUGCAGGAAGUAGAAGUAUUCUGUUCUCUUUUUUCAUUUCUCUCCAUUUCCUCCACAAGACAUCUUAAAAUUUUUUUGAGAUAUGGGAGAAAAUUUACAGGAAGCCUUUGCAUAAUAUUUCCUCCUGUUGGCUCCGCAUCUAUGGCCCCUAAUGUGUUUCUCAGCUCUGUAACUACAACUUCCUUUUUAUUUCAUGCUACAGCAAUCCUGAUCCUCUUCAUAUUGAAUAUUUUCUUUUCCCUCUGUGUUUUGAGAAUCUACCAACAACCCCAAAUGCCUUAUUAGGGAGGGAACUUCUGUUUCUUAUAUUAGAUAUGCAUACCAUUACUUCAAAUUAGUAAGAUGCAACAACUUAUUUAAUAACUGUAUCUAGCCUAUUUUCUCCAUGCUGGUUAAUUUACCCAUGUUUUCCACUCUUAAAGAAGAAAACGAAGUGUAAUUCU